AUGUCCGAGAAAAUAUCAAUGGUGUUAGUACCUGAUCUGUCAUUUACCGCUCAAUCGCCUAUACCGUCAGAAUUUCACGACUUUGUCGUUGAUUUCACGAUCUUGGUAUUGUAUGAUGUUAAAGACGUUGAAAAAGCAGUUAGUGAUUGCACUAAAGGAAUAGAGUGGAUACUUGUUGUUAAUUGUAAUAAGGGAGUCGCUAAAGAAGUUAAUGUUUCUGGAAAAUUUGAGGAUUCGAUAUGA